AUGCGUGUCGAUCUGUUGAUCCUCUUUAGCUUCGGAUUUCUCCAACUGACUUUAGCCAGAGUGGAAUCAAAUCACACGGAGCUGAAUCAUGUAUUCGAUCGGGUUUUUUCGCGUCGAAAGCGUUUUGUACUAUUUCCACCAGGAUCAAAUCUGAAGUUUACCGGGCAGCUGAGUAAAGGUCUGAUUGCGACUUAUCCCAAAGGAGUGGCCAUGAACAUCGAGCAGGCCUGCUAUUAUCCUGUGCCCACGAAACGCGAGGAUGUGUACCCAAAGCGAUAUCGUCAAAGAACUACGACCACGGCGAAACCGAAACCGACGGAACCAACCUACGUUUGGAUACCGGGAACCAAUUGGAGAUUUAAGGCGACGCCGCUGAAGAAACCCAAGCCGAAGUACCCAAAUCAACGCAUCGAUGUGAGACCUCAAAAGCCAUCAUAUGUGGAUCCUGCCAAAUGGGCACAGUGGUCGAAAUAUGGAAAUCGAUACGAAAACUGGUCGCCGGCAAAUCAAAACUAUGAAAAGUACAGCCAACCUGGAAGAUGGAGCAAGUGGACCACACAGUCGCCCAAGUGGUCAAAACGUUGGUAUAGAUCGGCAGAUGGGGAGUACUACGAUCCCGAGGUGGAACCCUACGAGGAUGUGAGGUCGGAGCCAUUCGACGAUCCGUACGAUCCGGAUAUGGCACCCCAUGAAACAGCUCACUAUCCAGAUAUGGCUCAUGUCAAGGACAUGCGGCAUUACAAUGGACAUCGGGAUCGCAGGCAGCUGUUUGAACACUUCGAUGGAUUCAGUAAGCUUCUGGGAAUCGAUGCCAAAGCCUGUGUGCUGAGAGCCAUUUGUGAUAGUAAGCGCCUACUUUUGCCUCGUGGAUAUUCCAUGAUUCAGGAUAUUGUGAGACUGGUCUUUACAUUACCAACCGCAUCCGGCGUGGAGGAUGAUUAUUCCCGGAUCAUGCACAUGGAUGCGGACGACUGCGACCGUCAGUUUCGGGACUCGUGUAAGCUGAACCUGUUGGCCUGGCUAAUGGGUGGCAAGUGGAACUGAAUAAAACCAACUUCGAAGUGACUUGGGGAAU